CACCACCACCAUCCUGGCCUUGGCGCGGCGGAGCUCGCCCAGCCAUGUCGCUCAACCUCCUCGCCAUCCCGCCCAAGACGACGGCGACGCCCUCGGCGCACCUCGCCGCCGCCCUGCACGCCCACAUCGCCGCGCACUUCACCGACGCGCACCCGGCCGCCUUCGAUGGCGACCUGGCGCGCCUGCAGGAGGCGCGCGACGAGGCGGUGCAUCUCGACGGCCAUGAGGUGGGCGUGCGGAGAGUGGAGGAGUACUACGCCUUGCUCAAGGCACUCGCCAGCAAGUUUCCGGACGAGAUCAACCUCGCCUUCUCCUGGACGCUCUCCUUUCCCUCCUCCACCUCCUUCUUCUCCUCCGCGCCCUCUCCGCCCUCCUCUCCCUCCCUCUCGACGCCCGCACGCUCCUCGCUCUCCCACGCGCCGGGCGGCUUCACCUACGUGGCGCACCCGACGCUGGCGUACGAGCGCGCCGCGCUCCUCUUCAGUCUCGCCGCGCUGCAGAGCCAGCUGGCGUGCGUCGAGACGCGCCUGGACACGGAGAGCUGCAAGCGAGCGGUGGGCGCGUUUGCGGCAGCAGCCGGCAUUCUCUCGCACCUCCUCUCCCUCAUCCCCACGCUCGCGUCCACCUUCGCCGCCGCGCCGCGCACCGCCGACAGCGAUCUCUCCGCUGCGACGCUGCGUGCGCUGCGCGACGUCAUGCUUGCGCAGGCGCAGGAGUGCGCCUGGGCCAAGGCCGUCGUCGACCGCAUGAAGGACGGCACGAUAGCCAAGCUGGCGGCGCGCGUCGAGGCGCUCUACGCCAGUGCCCUCGAGCAUGCGGCGGCCAAGGGCGCCGACGCGGGCGCAUGCGAGCUGCCCAAGGAAUGGCAGAGCCAUCUCGGCGCAAAGCGCUGGCACUUUGCCGCGGCGGCGCAGUUCCGCAAGAGUGUCGAAGACCUGGGCGCCAAUCGCUACGGCGCCGAACUUGCGCGCCUGCAGCUGGCGCAGGCACACAUCAAGAAGGCGCUCGAGCUUGCCAAGGCGAGGAAUGUCUCGCCGGCACUCGCGGCCGAUGCCAAGUCCUUGCAGGACGUCAUCAACUCGAGUCUGAGCCGCGCAACGAGAGACAACGACCUCAUCUAUCUCGAUCCCAUCCCUGCCGUCGCGCAGCUCGCGCCCCUCGUGGGCGUGUCGAUGGCGGAGCCGCGCCUGGCGCCCGACAUUAAGGAUCCGUCGGCCUUGGCGCGGCAGCUGGGCCCGCUCUUUGAACAGCUGACGCCGUACAGUGUGCACCUGGCGAUGAGCAUCUAUGAGGACCGCAAAGAGGCAAUGCUGAGGGAACUGGAGGAGACAAAGUCGGAAUUGGAGGCGGAUGCUUCUUCCACACUGCAAUCGCUCAACCUGCCGGGCUCGCUCUUGGCGCUCGAACAGCCGCUGGGCCUGCCGGCGUCGCUGCUGCGCAAGUCCGACGAGGUGCGCCUGUCGGGCGGCCUGGCGCGCCUGCAAAGCAUCGCCGCCGACGUUGCGCGCGUCGCUGCUUCCGACGCGCGCCUGCUCGACGAGAUCGAGGCGCAUCUGGCGGCGGAGAAAGAGGAGGAUGACGGCUUGAGAAGGGACUUUAAAGACAAGCAUGUGGGCAAUAGAGAGCCGAGCGACACGGCGGCAAGGGAGUUGAGGCGGCGCGCGGAGGAGUUUGCACAGACGCUGCAGCAGGCCAAAGGCAGCGACGACGUGGUGCGCGCAAAGAUGGACGAGUGGGAAGAUGUGAUUGGCGUGCUUGACGGAGGCGAGGCGGCGCUCACGGCCUUCAUCCCCACGGGCGCACCGACGACGGCGCCGCAGAGUUCCGCGCAGACGCUCUGCGUGUCGCGCCUGCGCCGUGCCCUCGAGGCGCUCGACGACGUGCUCGACGCGCGCGCCGCGCUGCUGUCCGAAGCGCAGGCGCAGGCAAAGGCCGACGACGUCAAGCCGCACAUCGUCGCGGCGCAGGCGCAGCAGCAGGCGGCACACGAGGGCGCCGCAGACGAGGCACAAGGCGCGCAGAUGUUCGAGCCGAUUCUGAGCGAGGGCAUGGAGAAGUAUGAACGCUUCAAGGAGGAGAUGCAACGCAGUGCGCACGAGCAGGAGCAGCAACUUGAGGCGAUCCGGGUCAGUUCCCUUUCCCACCCUCUUCUCUCUCGCGCUCUCAGCUGAACCCCCCC